AUGUCACUCUGUCUUUCUUGGGAUAUCCACAAGUUAGGACAAUUUGAGAGUGAUAUCACGUCUUUAGAAUCAUCCCUCACUGAUAGCAUGUCCCAAGCUAAUCUUGAUGAAGCCCAUAAUAUUAUUGACAUCUAUAAUAUGGCCCUAACAAAUGAACUCAACAAGACUCAAAGAAAGAAAUUUCUCCGAGACAGGGUUCCACAGACCAGGAACAACCGGUCAGAGGUCCGAGUUAACAAAACACGUAAACCCCGCUCGAGACGCUUCAAGCGCUUAACGACAAUCGCGAAGGACGGACCCUCACAAACUCCUGACGUCAGCCCAGUGCUCAAUAAAUCUAGUGUUCCUCUCUCCGAAUCGGAGACCUCACUUCUUUCCAAGAGGCUGAAUUUCUGUCCCACGCCACAUGAGGUCGACGAAAAACAACCACAAUUGCAUGACCUAGAGGAACACAAACUCUAUCGGCCCAAAAGUGACUGGGAACCUGCACCGGGCAAAUGCGGAGCCCUUGAGUCGUAUAUUGACGCCCUUGAGUCAGACAUAGAGAAACUCCUUUCAAUGCCAGACAAGGCUCCCGACAAUUUGAGUAAGGAAGAGAGAUCCGCCUUACAAUCAUUAAAGAAUCGGGAUGACAUAGUAAUCAAGAAAGCAGACAAAGGCUCUACAGUAGUAGUACUUGAUAAAGAGACGUACAUGGCGGAGGCCCAUAGACAACUCUCAGACGAACGUUUCUAUAAGAAACUGGACUCUGACCCUACUGAAGAAUUCUCCACCGCCAUCACCAAAACUCUUGACUAA